AAUAGCUGUUAAUCAAUAGCUUAUUUUAGUUAGGUACUUCUAUUCGGAACCGAUGGUCUGCCUUUCACGACUCGCUUCCUCAACGCCAUGCCACUUAACACCUUUAUAAGUUCUAGCCAUUCUACCCACAAGCAAAGGGUCCAGCAUUCUCCUGUUCCAGGGUCCAGAUCGGCUCGACUGGAUCCACACUUGCAACCUAACAUGGCUGCCAGGAACCGAGUGCCUUGAAUGCCUCGGAUCGAUACGACGCACGACAUGGCCAAUGCCAGCGAUACACACACGAAGAAUCUGACCUAUAUGAAGCGCCCAUCAUACCUCCCCAAGUCUGCCCUCAUCUUCCCCAUCCUCCUCAACCUCCUUUCCAGAUCCUGUUGUGGUCCCUGUUGCUGUUGCUCUGAUACCGGUAAUGCUGCCGGUCCAGGCCCGUACUCUCUCCCUUGUCCUUGUAAUCCUGAUACCGAGAUCCGUCUCUGCUGCUGCUGCUGCUGCUGCUGCCCCCUGUCAUAAACACCACCACUGCCGCCACCACCCC